AUUUUAUAUUAAAAAAUAAAUUAAUCUGAAAAAAUGGAUACUUAAAAUACCGUUAAUAAUUAAGACCAUAUAACAAUUUAAAUUGUUAAAACAGCUCCUUUUGCAGGCUAGAAACCAGGUACCUCAGGUUUAAGAAAGAAAGUAACUGUAAUACAAGAGAAGAACUAUUUAGAAAACUUUAUUAGUAGUGUAUUUCAAGCUUUACCAUAAGAUUAAUUAAAAAAGGAAAACGUAUUGGUAGUUGGAGGAGAUGGAAGAUACUUUAAUAAACAAGCAAUCGAUUUAAUUAUUAGAAUUGCGUGUGCAGAAGGUGUAGAUCAUAUUCAUGUGGCCUAAAAUGGAUUAAUGUCUACGCCUGCGAUAUCUGCAUAUAUUAGAUAUCUUACUUAUGAAUAAAAACUAAACUGUAUUGGAGGCUUUAUUUUAACUGCUUCACAUAAUCCAGGAGGACCUAAAAAUGAUUUUGGAAUAAAAUUUAAUAUUUCAAGUGGAAGUCCAGCUAUGGAAGAUUUAACUGAAAAAAUAUAUAAAUAUACAACUUAAAUAAACGAAUAUAAAAUUUCUUCAUAAAAUUUACAUGUUGAUUUAUCUUAAAAAAAAGAAUAUGUUUUUUAAAACGUUGAUAGAGAAAGAAAAUAAUUUAAUGUAAAAAUAGUUGAUUCUACUGAACAUUAUAUAAGUUUAAUGCAAAAAUUGUUUAAUUUUGAAAAUCUUAAGAAACUUUUUUAAAGAUAAGACUUCAAGUUUAAAUUUGAUGGAAUGCAUGGAAUUGCUGGACCUUACGCUAAGAGAAUAUUCGUAGACCUUUUAGGCGCUGAUGUUAAGAGUUUGUUAAAUUGCGAACCUAAAGAGGAUUUUGGAGGUGGACAUCCUGAUCCUAAUUUAACUUAUGCUUAAGAACUUGUUAAAAUAUUAGAUGUUUUCCACAAAUCGAACUCCAUUCCUUCCAAUAUACCUAAUUUUGGAGCUGCUUGUGAUGGAGAUGCGGACAGAAAUAUGAUUUUAGGACGAUAAAUUUUUGUUACUCCAUCUGAUUCAGUAGCUGUUUUAACAGCUUAUUAUUCUAGUGUGUUUGGAAGUGAGGGUAAAAUAUUGGGAGUAGCGAGAUCUAUGCCCACAUCAGGUGCUUUGGAUAAAGUAGCUGAAAAAAUGGGAAUAAAAAACAUAUAUGAAGUCCCAACUGGAUGGAAGUUUUUCGGGAAUUUAAUGGAUGCUGGAAAAAUUAAUAUUUGUGGAGAAGAAAGCUUUGGUACCGGAUCUAAUCAUAUUAGAGAAAAAGACGGAAUAUGGGCUAUUUUAGCCUGGUUAAGUAUUUUAGCUGAUAAAAAUGUCGAUAAAACUUAAAAUGGGAAAUUUUUUGGAGUAGAAGAUAUCAUGAAGGAAUUUUGGUAAAAUUUUGGAAGAAAUUAUUAUUAAAGAUAUGAUUAUGAAGCAGUUGAUACUGAAUCUGCUAAUUAAGUUAUGAAACAUUUAGAAGGAUAAUUCGAAUAUUUUAAGGGAUUGCAAGAAGGCAAUAAGGCUGAUAUUUUUAAUUAUACUGAUCCUGUAGAUGGAAGUGUUAGUAAAAAUUAGGGUAUAAGAUUUAUUUAUGCUGAUGGUUCAAGGAUUACUUUUAGACUUAGUGGUACUGGAUCUGAAGGAGCUACUAUUAGAGUAUAUUUUGAAUAAUAUUCUAAAGAUUAACUUUUUAUGAAAACAGAAAAAGCAUUGAAAGAUAUUAUUAAAGUUGGUCUUGAAUUAUCAAAAAUUGAUUAAUUUACUGGAAGAAAAGAACCAUCUGUUAUUACAUGAAAAAUAAAUUAAUAUUUAAAAAAAAAAAAUUAUUUUUUAUUUAAUUUU